AUGUAAAGGAGGAUUUUCACCACCCACGGUUUACUUCUUCUAACUUUCGGGUGCGGGCACGGGCUUUUGGAUUUCGACUUAGAACGGGCUUUUGGAUUUCCAAUAUGCACUCCGGAAGCCCAUAACUAUGUCAAAAUAAGAGUUCAAGAAAAGGGGUCAAAAUAGAAUAGAAGAACUCAGAAAUGGCAUUAACGCGUAGUAACGCUAAAGAGUUUGUGAGCGAUGGCGACGGAUCUCCUAGGGCGAUUCUGGAAACCCCUGUUUCGGAAACAGAGUCCGAGACAGAUUCGUCGAUUGAUAGCGGAAAAGAGGGUUACAUGAUGCCAUGGAAGUCUAUGGUUGACGUUUUCAAGUUCAAGUCUGUGCGAAAAUUAACUUCCAUUCCUUUGCUUUCGGUGAGCCAUGAUAUCACUCGGAAGGGUUUGACCAAAAAACUGGCUCGUAUUCGAAGUGCUGAAGAUGGUAUCGAUAUUGGAGAUAUUCCCGCGAAACCCUCUUGGAGUAACUUUGAUUAUGAAGAGUUAGCAGCUGCUACUAAAAAUUUCAGUGCUGGUAUGAGCUAGAUUCUCUUCUUUCUUUUCA